AUGGACUGGAUGCACCUAAUUCGCGAUCUGUGUCUCAAUCCCCGACACACAAAAUGGAUGGCUCCGCUCCUGGUCCUGGGCGACGCUUUUCUCUGCGCGCUGAUCAUCUGGAAAGUCCCCUCCCCGUUGCUGUUACUCGCAGAUACCGAGAUUGACUGGACCACAUAUAUGCAACAGAUAUCGCUGUAUUUGUCCGGUGAACGCGACUACACUCUCAUCAAAGGAUCCACUGGCCCCCUUGUCUAUCCGGCCGGCCAUGUAUACAGUUAUACGUUUCUCUAUCAUCUUACCGAUGAGGGGCGGGAUAUUUUCUUCGGUCAGAUACUGUUUGCUGUGCUCUACUUGAUCACGCUGGUGGUUGUGCUGUGCUGUUAUAGACAGUCGGGUGCUCCGCCGUAUUUGCUCCCGCUGCUGGUCCUUUCCAAGAGACUUCAUAGCGUUUAUGUCCUGCGUCUGUUCAAUGAUGGCUUGGCGGCGCUGGCGAUGUGGGUUGCCAUUUUGUUAUUCAUGAAUCGGAAGUGGACGGCUGCGGUCGCGCUGUGGUCUACUGGUGUUGCGAUUAAGAUGACCUUGUUGCUGCUGGCUCCGGCUAUUGCCGUUGUCACGGUGCUUAGUCUGUCGCUUGGUCCUAGUGUGAGACUGGGGGUUCUGGCCGUCCUUAUCCAGGUUUUACUUGCUAUACCGUUCCUACAAAACAACCCCGCAGGUUAUCUCUCGCGGGCGUUCGAGCUAACCAGACAGUUCAUGUUCAAGUGGACAGUCAAUUGGAGGUUUGUUGGUGAAGAACUAUUCUUGUCCAAGAAGUUUUCCCUGGCAUUGCUGGCCAUCCACAUCGUGCUGCUGGGCGCCUUUGCCGUCACUGGUUGGUUGAGGCCCUAUGGGUCUAGCUUGCCCGUAUUCAUCCAGAAUCUGCUUGCGGGUCGACAGCGCACAGUAUCUCCCACCAGGCCCUACAUCAUGACUGUGAUGCUAUCGUCUCUUGCAGUUGGCUUGUUGUGCGCAAGGUCCCUUCAUUACCAGUUCUUCGCCUAUCUCUCCUGGGCGACACCCUUCCUCCUCUGGCGCGCAGGGUUUCAUCCCAUCUUGCUGUUCCUCAUCUGGGCUAUGCAAGAGUGGGCUUGGAAUGUAUUCCCCAGCACCAACCUCAGUUCUGUCGUUGUUGUUCUCGCACUUGCUGCCCAGAGUUUCGGCGUCCUUGCGAAUAGCGCCAGCGCCUUUGAUACCAUGCGUUCGAAACCUAGCGGUAAAGAGCAUAUCCAAUAG